AUGCCGUCAAGUACGAAGCCUAACCUUCUCACAUGGGCUGUCUCCACUCUCUUGCUACAACCAUGGACCGUCAAUGCGCAAGUCUCAAACAGUAGCUGUGGCUCUGUUAUUGAACGUGAUGUUCUUGUCAUCGGUGGUGGUUCCAGUGGAACGCAUGCGGCGGUGCAAUUGAUGGAGGCUGGAAAGAGUUUUGCUAUCCUCGAAAAACAGGAUGAGUUGGGCGGAUAUGUGGCGACAUACACUGAUCCGAGUACUAAUAAAACGAUGGACUAUGGUGUCGUCGUGUUCAAGAAUACUACUACGUCAUACAACUACUUGACCAACCAGCUGGGGGCAAGUAUGGGGGAAUUCAAAGGAUUCUACGAAGGUGGCAAAACAAAAUACUUGGACUAUACAAAUGGAAACGAAGUCUCGGGUCCUGUGCCUGGAGCAAAUGUUACUGAGGCUGAGCAAAUUUACCUCAAACAGAUGCAAACCUAUGGUAAUCUGUUCGCCGGACCUGGCUUUGACAUGCCGGAUCCGAUCCCAGAAGACCUCCUGCUACCUUUCGGAGAGUGGGUGAAGAAGUACCACGCGGAGGCCAUGGCAUACAACGUCUACUACCUCCACGCCGGAAUUGUCCUCGAUAUGACAACGCUCAAUGUCAUGAAAUAUCACAGUCAGAAUGAGUACACUACUGGAUCGCUGUACAUCCAGAACCGUGGCAACCAGGCUCUCUACAACCUAGCUUACAGCAAGCUAGGCGGAGGCGAGAACGUCUUCCUCGAGAGUAACAUCCAGAGCCUUACCCGAAGCGAGAAUGGUGUCGAGGCCAUUGUCCAAAGGCCCUGCGGCACGCAGACCUUCCGCGCAAAGAAAGUCAUUAUUGCAAUUCGCCCCCGUAACUCCGACUUGAAGCAAUUCCUCGAUCUCCGGCCAAACGAAGAGCGCAUCUUCAGUGAAUUUUCCCACAUCCACUCCUACACCUGCAUUCUGAACGGUACCGGCCUUCCCAUCGACACUGGCUACCAACUCGUCGAUCUCACCCGUACAGGCGGUAUCCCCAUGGUCCCAGAGGCAAUCGGUAUCUCGCAAUCUGGCUUCCGCGACCGCGAAGCUCGCGCCUUCUGGUGGACGACCCCGGACGAGAUCUCCGCCGAAAAGGCAACCAGCAACCUCUUGCGAACAGCCUAUUUCGUCCAAGGAUUACAGGGCGCCCAGUCACCCGAGGGAGAACGUCCGACCAUUAAUGGCCUUGUGCACAAUUCCCCUUACUUUAUGCAUCCUUCGCGAGAGGCUAUUGCCAGAGGCUUCUACAAGGACUUAUACGGUCUGCAGGGCCAGCUCAACACGUUCUGGACUGGUGCGGCGUGGGAGUCGGAGAGCUCGCCUACUAUUUGGGCGUUCAACGAGAAGAUUAUGAUCCCCCAGAUUUUGCAGAGUUUGGCAUAG